AUGUCUCACAGCAACGACAGUCUAUUGGCAAUUCCGAAACGUCGUGUUGCUAUUGUUGGCGGCGGUCUUGUCGGAACCCUCGCUGCGCUCUAUUUUGCACAACGUGGCUGGAAUGUUGACCUUUUUGAAAAACGCAGAGAUGUUCGACUUCCCGAGAACAAAGGCUCGGUUCCUCAAAGAUCUAUCAACUUGGCGUUAUCAACUCGAGGAAUAAGUGCAUUGUCAAAGGCAGGUUUAGAUCUCGACGAUAGUAUUUUGGGAACAGUGAUACCCAUGAGAGGAAGAAUGAUCCAUGUGAGUGAAGGUAAGCUCAAAAGUCAGCCCUAUGGCAACUCACAUGAGAAUAUUUAUUCUGUGGAAAGAGAAUUUCUUCUAGAAUUGCUUCUUAACGCCGCUGAACCAUUUAACAAUGUGAAGUUUUUCUUUCAACACCGAUUGAAACGUUGUGAUUUUGAUGCAGGAAUACUAGAAUUUGAAAACACUGAGAAUGGAAAAAUGGUUCAAUAUACUGCAGAUUUAAUCGUAGGAGCUGAUGGUGCUUAUUCUACCGUUAGAAAUCAAUUGAUGCACAUUGUGAAUAUGGAUUAUCAGCAAGAGUAUAUUCCGCAUGCUUACCGUGAAUUAACUAUUCCAUCGAAAGUCAAUGAAAAUGGAAAGAGAGAAUUUGCCAUGGAAUCCAACCAUUUGCAUAUUUGGCCAAGGCACGAAUUCAUGAUGAUAGCCUUACCUAAUAAGAACAUGACGUUCACUUGUACCCUUUUCAUGCCAAAUGAGAUGUUUGAUGCCAUCAAAACAGAUGAUGAUUUAAUUGAGUUCUUCCAAAAACACUUUCCCGAUUCCAUUCCAUUGAUUGGUGAACAAAGGCUUAAGAAAGAGUACUUUGAAAAUCCAAAGGGUUCUCUAUUGUCAAUUAAGUGUAAACCUUAUCAUUAUAAGAAUCGGGUAAUCAUUAUCGGUGAUGCAGCUCAUUGCAUGGUUCCUUUUUAUGGACAAGGCAUGAACUGUGGUUUUCAGGACGUCGAAUUACUUCAUAACAUCCUGGAAAAAUUUAACAUCACAGCAGAUCGUGACAAUGGCGAUGAUAAUUUGGUCUCUGCAUUUGAGGAGUUCACUAAUUAUCGUCACCCGGAUGCAAUAGCAAUUUGCGAUUUGGCAAUGCAUAAUUACAUUGAAAUGAGGUCAGGUGUAGUUAAUCCUUUAUACUUGGUUCGUAAAAGAAUUGAGGAUUGGUUACAUUGGAUGUUCCCUAGAAGUUUUCUACCGUUGUACGCGAUGAUAAGCUUCUCGACAAUGAGAUAUUCCGAAGCAUUAAAGAGGGGUAGGAGACAGAGAUUAUGGUUAAAUGCAGUUGGACUUUUUGCUGGAUUGGGAUUGACAAUCUUUCUGGGCUAUCGAUAUUUCCAGUCGCGGAGAGCAGUUUUUUCAUCCAA